AUGAAAACAGCCCUGGUCUGCCUGUGCCUGUGCCUGCUCAGCACAGCUCUCUCAACACCUGUGCCACCCCCGCUGUCUGGGAGAGCUUCUGGGAACUGUGUGGGACAGCACCGGAUACUUCUGAAAGGCUGCAAUGCCAAGCAUGGCUUCUACGUUUUCAAAUACGUCUACUCGUUCUCAACGCGGAGAAACCAGACGCAGAUAAAGAAAGAAGAGCCUGACCGCCAGAGUAUCAUCCCCAGCCGCCGGCUGGAUGAGGACAAUGCCAAGCGGGAGCUGCCAGAGGCCAGGACAACCCCAGAGCACAGUGACAAUAGCAGCACUGAAGCAAUAGAGAAUGUGAUUGUCCUCAGGCCAGAAAACCGCAGCACCCCGGGUGCUGGCAGGGAUGCUCCCAGUCCUCACCCUGGCACUGGCACGCGAGCGCGCAGUGGUGUCGGCGUUGCAGGUCCCACCCCGUCCAGCUCAGAGGGCAGCGGCAAUCUGGAUUUGGUGGUUGAAGUUGAUGGUGAUGUUCCCAUUAUCCCUCAGGGUAAACAGCCCAGUGAGGUUGUGGUGGGGAACAGGUCCCGUAUCAGGAGUGAGGACAAGGAUGUUGGUGCCCCCAGAGUGGUUCCUGCAGAGGGGGCGAUGACAGAUGGGAGGGAGAGGGCCCCUGUCACUGGAGGAGCAGGGGAUGGGGGCAGCGGUGAGUCCACUGUCUCUGGCCAAGGGCAGGAGGGUGUCAUGCGAGGCACAGGAACGGGGGGUGUUGCUCUUGCCUCCGUCACUGAGAAGACAGAGGAUGUCCAAGUUGAUGCCACAGGUGUGGAUGAAUACACUUACAUCCCCGACUCGGGCAGUGUCACCAUCACCCGUGGGAACCUGGGCAGCACAGCGAGGACCACCAGCUUCACUCAAGUCUCUCCAGGCAAGGAUGAUGAGGUCAACAUCUUCAUUGAGAAGGCCAAUAUCCACGUGGGGGAGCAAGAAACCACCCAGGCCGGUGCCACUGUGGGCAGCGAGGAUGACAGCAUCACCACUGUGGGAACCAGCAGGCCCCUUCCCAGGCUGGGUGUCACGGCAGCACCUGACAGUGGUGACGAUGACAGCACCCCUGCUCGCAGGCAGCCUCAAGGACUGGCCACCACAGCCACCCCAAGCCAUGGGGACAGCGUCACCAGCAGACUCAGGGAUGCACGUCCCACAGGAGAGGAUGAGGAAGGUGCCACCACCAUUGGUGGUUAUGGGGAAGGACUAGUGACCCCUGUCCCCUGGAGAGUCACUGGUGGUGACGUCACUGUCCCCACGCUUGCCAGCAUCCGUGGGAAAGAUGAUGAUGAGGUGAGAGGUGAGGGGCAGACGUUCAAGGGGAAGCCAGAUCAUCUGGCUACCACGACCCCCCAACAGGGGGGUGAUGAGGAGGCCACCGCCACUGUCCCAGCUGAAAGAGCCAGCAUCCAUCUGGCCACUGUCCCAGCUGAAGGAGCCAGCGUCCGCCUGGCCACUACCACGGCCUCCCCUGGGGUGAGUGAGGGGGACUGCACCACCUCCUCAGUGACAGCCAGCAGCCGUGAGGCAGGCAGGAGCACCGUGGUGGGGAAAGGAGGGAGUGGGGAAGUGAGACCAGCCACCCCAAAGCCCCGUGGGGAGGGAUGGCCUGGGGCAGGGGUGAGGGUCUGGCCAGGGGGAGCAGGGCUGGACAAGACACCCAGGACAGACAAACCACCAUCCCCAAGUGGGAAAGCCAGCAGCCAGGCAUCGAGCAGGGCCCAGACAAAGGCUGGCAGCCAUGGUGGCGAUGCCGGGGGUAGGUCGCAUGCCACCAAAGCAGGGGGCAGCCCUACUCCACAGGCACGGCAAGACGUGGGCAGCAUGGCAGCAGGCAAGGGCCGGGAGAGGGGGCGAGGUGGUGAGACUGGGGCAGCAGUGUCAGGAGCUGAGGGUGGCCGCCUCCCCGGGCACCACAGCAGAAGGCUGAGGACUGGGGCACCAGGGAUGUUCUCAGCGCUGGGCCACAGCAGACAGGUGGACCAGGUGAAGCGUGCCGAUGAGCUUCAUGUCCGCGAGCGGGCUUUUUACACCCUCGGCAGGGCAGAGGGUGGCCCCCAUGGCCCCUACACAGGCCUUGGGAGUCCUGACAGCAGCCAGUCGUCUGAGGGGGAGCAGGACACCCACAGUGACAGUGGACAAAGAGGACUUCGGCCCUCAGGGUGGGGAUCCCCAGGGCACCCCCAUGGCCGCUGGAUCCAGGGAUCUCUCUGA